CUAUAAAUGCUUUAAACGAAGCGUGCACUAACAGAGCGGUGUUGAUCUGAAAACGAUGCGGUGACAAACACACACAGCUCCCAAGAUUGAUACGCUCUCGUGUACGUGUCACCGUGUGUGAUUGUUAAUUCAACACAGCAAAGAUGCCUUACUGGAGUCUAAUGCUGGCCUUAAAAGGACCUGUUUGAUGGAUGGACUCCAGUGGGAUAAAACUCGUUGAAAGACAGGAUUUUGGAUCUUCCAGAGGAACCAAUGAAAUCAUUUGGAGGAUAAUGACAUUAGGGCUCAACUUCAGACUUUUUUGUGUAACAUCAGUGGAAAUGGCGUGAGAGAAGACACACAAAAUAGAGCGGAUGAAAGAGAAAUACAGCCGCCCAGAGGAGACCUCCAGCAGAUGGCUGAUGGUGGAUCUAUUAUCUCAGCGACAUGCUUUCAGUUUGAGGAUGGAAUAGGGAGGAUCUUUCAUUGACCAGGGGAUUACCAAGAGGUUGAGAGAAACCAUGUAAUGUUUUUUUUUUCUUCAAAAGAGGAACAAUUCACAUGACUCAUUUUGUGAUGCUGCAAGAAAAGCAAAUACUACAAUGACAGCUUCAUUCAUGGCCUACAGAUGAUUUGGGACCCCACCACAUGUGCAGGUUAGGGUGCAUAUAUACUAAAAAUGGACUCAAUUGCUUUUAAUUUUAAGAAGCUUUAAAAACAAUGCAUGUAUGUCUUUGGGGCUGAUAGAGUCAUCAGACUUAGCCCCUGUGGAGAAAUGUCUAUCAUUAACAUGCAAGCACUUGAAAGAGGACUUAUGAAAGACCAUUUUUCAAAAACUACAACAAUCUACUGCAGACAAGGAGUUCCUGUCUGUUUUUCCGUCGUCCUUAUCCCUAUCUUACUAGUUCUCUUCUCCCUGGUUACACCCGCUCUGUUCAUUCAUAUGGAGUCCAUAGAGAGCCACAGUGAAUUUAGCUGUGAGCCCAUCAAACUGAGAAUGUGCCAGGAUCUGCCUUACAACACCACCUUUAUGCCCAAUCUACUGAAUCACUACGACCAACAAACGGCUGCAUUAGCCAUGGAGCCUUUUCAUCCCAUGGUGAACCUAGUGUGCAGUGCUGACCUGAGGAUGUUCCUAUGUGCACUGUAUGCUCCGGUGUGCACUGUGUACGGCCAGGUGUCCAUGCCAUGCCGAUCCCUCUGCCAGCGGGCCAAGGAUGAGUGCCACAAACUAAUGGAGGUAUUUGGAGUAGCCUGGCCAGAUGACAUGGAGUGUAGCAGGUUCCCAGAUUGCGACGGAGCUUAUCCUCGUCCAGAGGACCUGCUAACAAGCUCUGGCCCCACUGACCAGUCGUCCAUGACUGUCCAGAGAGACUACGGUUUCUGGUGCCCCCGAGAGCUCAAAGUUGACCCAGACCUGGGUUACACAUUCAUGGGCAAGAAGGACUGCUCAGCCCCGUGCCCCUCAAUGUUCUUCAACCAGCAGGAGCUGACCUUUAUCCGCUACUUCAUAGGAGUUGUUUCCAUUGUCUGUCUAUCUGCAACGCUCUUUACCUUCCUGACGUUCCUCAUUGAUGUUACCAGGUUUCGAUACCCUGAGCGGCCAAUAAUCUUCUACGCUGUGUGUUAUGUCAUGGUGUCACUGGUUUUCUUUCUGGGGUUCCUGUUGGAGGACAGGGUAGCGUGCAAUGGAGUCAGCCCGGCCCAGUUCAGAGCUUCAACCAUAACACAGGGCUCACACAACAAGGUAUGCACCCUGUUCUUCAUGGUCCUGUAUUUCUUCACCAUGGCCGGCAGCGUGUGGUGGGUCAUACUGACAAUCACUUGGUUCCUGGCCGCUGUGCCUAAAUGGGGCAGCGAGGCCAUUGAGAAAAAAGCCCUCCUCUUCCAUGCUGUUGCCUGGGGGCUCCCAGGGGCCCUGACUGUCACACUCUUGGCCCUGAACAAAAUUGAAGGAGAUGGGAUCAGUGGAGUGUGUUUCAUUGGGCUGUAUGACAUAGACGCCCUGAGGUGGUUUGUUCUGGCACCACUCUGCCUCAACGUGGCGGUGGGUGUGUCUCUUCUGUUAGUAGGCAUUGUGGCUCUGAACCGGGUGCGCAUGGAAAUCCCUCUGGAGAAGGAGAACCAGACCAAACUAGUCAAGUUCAUGAUUCGAAUGGGAGUGUUCUCGGUGCUCUACCUGGCUCCCUUGUUGACUGUGCUUGGGUGCUACCUGUACGAACACACUUACCGAAGCAUUUGGGAGAAAACAUGGAUCGAGGAAAACUGCCGGCACUAUCACAUCCCCUGCCCAUACAAGGUGCAACAGACCAGCCGGCCAGCCAUGGCAUUGUUCCUAAUUAAAUAUCUGAUGAUGUUGGUGGUGGGGAUCCCAUCUGUUUUCUGGGUGGGCAGCAAGAAGACCUGUUUUGAAUGGGCCAGCUUCCUGCGUGGACGCAGACGCAAAGACAGUGGGGUGAAUGAGUCCCGUCAGGUGCUGCAGGAGCAGCCGGACUUUGCCCAGUCUCUGCUGCGAGAACCCAACACCCCCAUUGUUAGGAAGUCCAGAGGAACAUCCACUCAGGGCACUUCAACCCACGCCUCUUCCACCCACUUGGCUGUCAUAGACGACCUGGAUGAACCAGCCAGAAGUCACCACGGCCCCCCCACCUCCACCAGGAGUAAGGCCAGCAGUGUCCACAGCAAAGCCAGCUACCACGGCAGCCUGCGACGCAUUCGUGACGACAGGAGUGAUACUGUGGUUUGCCGAGGUACAGAGGAGCGCAGUUUCCAUGGCAGCAUGCCACGUCUGGACCACCCGCUCUCCGCUCACAGCAGCCUCUAUCGGAUAGACAGCCGCUCAAGGCACGGCAGCCAGCCCAACGUAUCUGAGGCCCCUGCAACCCUCAUCACCCACGGAACAACGGGAAGCGACAGCCAAGCUGCCGAGAAUGACGGCACCAGUGCCUAAGAAGAGAAGAUUAUUGGAAGGAUGCUUUUGAUGCCUUUUUAAAGGAAGAUUUGCCCUGGGCUGACACACACCUGUCUGUGUGUAAGUGUUUUCCUCUGUUAAGGUGGAGAAUGUACCAGUGAGGGCCGUGGUCUGGAUUUCCUUGCUCUGUUAGCAGUGUGGCUAAAAGUCUCCUAGAUUCUGUUUAGUUUCACUGUAAAGCUGAAGUUUGUUUACGUAUUGUUUUGACUUUACAUGGCAGACAACUA